AUGGAAGAAGAAGGAGGCCAAGAUGCGCUGGUCGACUACAACAGCGAUAGCAGCUUUAUUACGGUAAUAGAUAGAGAAGCAAAAGAUAAAAACGAGGAGACAGUAAGAAAAGAUAGAGAAGCAAAAGACAAGAAGGAGACUGAAGCAAAGGGUGCAAUCCCGAAACGCGGCAAACCAAAGAUAAUAGAAAACAUAGAUGUGAAUAGAGAAUGGGCUGAAAAUCGUCCUGUACUACCUAUAGGGACAAAGAUACUUUACGAGAAACAAGAAAAGAUGGUUGAGAAAAUGGACAAUUUGAUGCAGAUGCUGGAUAAAGUAAUGAAGAAGGCCACCGAGAUGAUGGAGAAUAUGGUGGAAGUCUCCCGUUUAAACUUAGAGAAAGAAAAAGUUAAACUUAGACGUUUAGAGAACAAGAGAUUAGAUCUGCACUUUAUCAGGCUGUGUCAAUUAAUGUACCAGAGCUGA